ACUGCAGAUCCCUAUUUCCAAUUCCCGCCGCAAUUUCUCUCUUCGUCCGAACAUGGAAACGAAUCGGGCUGAACAGCGGGAGGUGCGAAAGCCGACGAGAAUCGACGUCGACAGGCUGAGCUCUUUACCGGACGAGAUUCUUUCCGAUAUCCUCUCUUUGGUGUCAACCAAGGCCGCCGUGCGCACCACUGUUCUCAGCCGACGGUGGAAGCACCUCUGGACUAGGGUUUCCAAUCUCGAUCUCGACAAUUCCCCCUUCAGUUACUUUUAUGACCCGUCGUUGGCUCAAUUGCGGUCAUAUCGGGAGAGCAAAGAUUCCGAACGAUGUAGGAAAGGGUUGGAAUUCUGCCGCUUCGUCGACAAGGUUCUGAGCGAGCACACGAAUCUCGAUUCUCUGAGGCGUUUCCGAUUACAUGUCUGGGAAUUUUACCUUAAUGUGCGGCCAAAUUUCUGGUUGAAGUUGGAAUUGGGGCCUGGCUCUCUGCUUCAGGAAAUUGAUGUUAAUCUUCAUGGGAGCGUUCCUGGAACCCACUUUCCUAUGCGUCGGCUCCCAGAGAUUUUUUUCACUUUGCAGCAUUUAAGAGUUCUGAAGCUUGCCGGUGUUAUAAUGGUAAUUGGGUCGUCAGUGUUUCUUCCUAAUGUGAAGAUCUUGCAGCUUUUAGGAGUGAAAAUAGUGGACGGUGAGUCAUUUGGCAGGCUCAUUUCGGGUUGCCCUGCUCUGGAGACUGCUCAUCUGCAGUCUGGUUGUCGGGGGAUUGACAAGCAUCUUUACCAGAAUGAUAUCUACAAACUCGUUGCUUCAUCACCAUGCUUGAAGAACUUAACGAUUAUGUUUUUCGACAGCUGUACGCUUUUGGAAAUUGAAGCACCGAAUCUUGAGCAUCUACGUCUUGAGUAUUUUUCUCCAGAGUUGCUAUUUCUGGGCAGUAGUAAACCGCCAUGCCUUCAGUCAGUAAGUCUUGCUUAUGGUUACGAAAUGAGCGAGGUCUGGGAUGAUUGCCUGUCUGGGUUCCUCUCCCAAAUCUCCAAUGCAAAGGAAAUGAGCUUAUCUUGGCAGUGGAUUGCUGGUAUCGAAUUUCGCGAAGAUUUCCAGCUGCCAGUCUUUCCCAAUUUGACGCAUUUGAAAAUCGAAACUGAUCCAAUCAGUUGCAUUCUGCUCCUGUUUCUCAACUCGACCUCCAGUUUACAAUCUCUUGUCAUUAGUAUCGUACGGGAUGUGGAUUUGGAUGAAGGGCGAGAUGAAGCGUCAAUUGUAUGGGUGUCAGACCUUGCCUACAGAACACCUGAGCGCCCGUUGUCAAGCCUCGAGGAAAUCGAGAUCACGGACUACAAAGGAGGUGUACAUGAAUUCGAAAUGUUGGCAUAUUUGCUCGAGAUUGGAGUUGCAGUGAAGAAGUUUACUGUGAGCGUAGCUAAUCAUGAUCUAAGAGCUUGCACCACGGCUAAAACUACUGCAACGGGGAUCGAGUGCUUGUGAAUUUCUUAUUUUACGUCAGAAAAAUCCUUGUCCAUUAUGACAGUGACUGAGGAGUUUGCCAUUAAUGAUCACAACUGCAGAAUAAGUGCAGAAUAACGCAUAGUCUUCUCGAAAGGCUAGAAUGAUGUAGCUAGAAGAGCAUCAGUGAGACUGUGCCUCGAAGUAGUGAUAUCUGCAAACAAAUAACCUUUGUGUACACCUUCUAUCUGAUUCCACUUCUUAUAUCGAACAAUUGUCUGUGCUAAAAUUUCUUGUAAGAGCUUACCACUGCAAAAAAUUUGCAUGCAGCCAUGCACGAUAACACCCUUUUUAGAGACACACAAUGGUGAAAACUGAAAAUUAUUGGUACUAAAAUGGAGAUAAGAUA